CUCGGGCCGGUGACGGGGUCCGGGAUGGCUUCGGACUCCGAGGACCGCGGGACCGCCUGCACGCUGGAGUUCACAGUGCAGAUGACCUGUCAGAGCUGCGUGGACGCGGUGCGCACGUCCCUGCAAGGGGUGGCAGGCAUCCAGAGUGUUAAAGUGCAGUUGGAAAACCAGAUGGUCCUGGUGCAGACCACCCUGCCCAGCCAAGAGGUGCAGGCCCUUCUGGAAAGCACAGGGCGGCAGGCAGUACUCAAGGGCAUGGGCAGUGGCCUCCUGCAGAAUCUGGGAGCAGCAGUUGCCAUUCUGGAGGGCCCUGGUCCCGUGCAAGGGGUGGUGCGCUUCCUACAGCUGACCCCUGAACGCUGCCUCAUCGAGGGGACUAUCGAUGGCCUGGAGCCUGGGCUGCAUGGACUCCAUGUCCAUCAGUUUGGAGACCUCACCGGGAACUGCAACAGCUGCGGGGACCACUUUAACCCUGAUGGAGCAUCUCACGGGGGCCCUAAGGACUCUGACCGGCACCGUGGGGACCUGGGGAAUGUCCAUGCUGGCACUGAUGGCCGAGCCAUCUUCAGGAUAGAGGAUGAGCAGCUGAAGGUAUGGGAUGUGAUUGGCCGAAGCCUGGUCAUCGAUGAAGGAGAAGAUGAUCUGGGCCUGGGUGGCCAUCCCUUAUCCAAGGUCACAGGAAACUCAGGAGAGAGGUUGGCCUGUGGCAUCAUCGCACGCUCUGCUGGCCUUUUCCAGAACCCUAAGCAGAUCUGCUCCUGUGAUGGCCUUACCAUCUGGGAGGAGCGAGGCCGGCCCAUUGCUGGUGAGGGACGAAAGGAGCCAGCCAAGCCCCCUGCCCACCUCUGAACAUGGCCUCAGCUUCGGGUUUGUUCUCCCAGCUGUGCACUGUCUACUUCCAGAGAGAGGGGAGGGAGGCCCUGCUUGCCCAGUCCUAGGAGGACUUGGGUACAGGGUGUGAAGGUUGCUGUGAUGUUCC